GGCCAAACUGGAAGCUAGAAGAAAGAAAUACGCUUAUAGAGCUAUGCCGGGCCAGUACAAACACACUCAAAAUGAACUGGGGAGAAGUGGCUGACAGGGUGAACAGUAUCGGGGGAAACUCCAGAGUCGCCCCUGAGGUUAAAAAGAAGUGGACUGAUAUGAAGAGCAAUGUAAAGAGGAAGGCGCAGCAAGAACGGACAGAAAGCAGGCAGACAGGAAAUGGGUUGAAGACUAUAAAUCUGGAUUCUUGGGAGGAAAUGCUCACCAGAGCACGAAGUGCUCAAUGUGAGCUACUGUGAUCGGUUUUUGUCCGG